UUAGAAUUUGAUUGGGAUGCACAAAUACGUGCCGUCAAAAUAUUGCGAACUGGAUUUGAAAGAAAACCGCUAAAAACCAUCGGAAGGAAGAAACUAAGCUUCGAGCUUCCUUUGAUCAUUUCGUUUGGAUACAGCAAUGGCGGCUCUGUGCCUUUCUCGCGGUCUCAACCAUUCACAAUCCCUUUCCGCCAUUUUUACCCAAAUUCUCUUUGUUCUCAGUCGAUGAAUGAUAAAUCAAGGCACUGUACUGGCCCAAAAACCAACUGCAUCCACAUGAAGACCCACAAACCAAUUUCUCCCUUUCGAUUGUCUUCACUUCUCCGUCUCCAAAAGGACCCAAAACUUGCUUUUCAACUCUUCUUAAACCCUAAUCCCAGCUCUCCAAAACCCCCAAAACCCUUCCGUUACUCUUUACUUUCCUACGAUCUCAUCAUCUCCAAGCUCGGACGUGCCAAAAUGUUCGAUGAAAUGGAAGAAAUCCUCAACCAGCUCAAGCAAGAGACUCGUUUUGCUCCUCACGAGGUUAUUUUCUGUAAUGUCAUUUCGUUCUAUGGCCGAGCCCGCCUCCCUGACCGUGCCUUCCAAGUGUUCGAUAAAAUUCCAUCAUUCCGUUGCAAGCGGACGGUGAAAUCUGCAAAUUCUUUGUUGGAUGCAUUGUUGAAGUGCCGGGAGUUUGAGAAAAUGGCGGAAGUUUUUGUGGGCAUUGUUAACUAUGGCUCCCCUGAUGCUUGUACUUUUAAUAUUUUGAUUAAUGCUGCUUGUUUAUGGGGGGAUUUGGAUGCUGUAUGGUAUGUGUUCGAUGAAAUGCAAAAGAGAGGCGUAAAACCGAAUGUGGUUACUUUUGGGACGAUGAUUUAUGGGCUUUCUCUGAAUUCUAAGUUGAAAGAAGCAUUGAGAUUGAAAGAGGAUAUGGUGAGGGUGUACAUGAUUAAACCUAAUGCGUCAAUAUAUGCUACUUUGAUCAAAGGAUUAUGUGGGGUUGGAGAAUUGAAUUUGGCUUUCAAGCUAAAGGAGGAGAUGGUGACAAACAAGGUAAAAUUGGACUCGGCAAUUUAUUCUACAUUGAUCAGUGCGCUCUUCAAACAUGGUAGGAAAGAAGAAGCUUCUGACAUUUUAGGAGAAAUGGGAGAGAACAGGUGCAAACCCGAUACCGUUACCUACAAUGCCAUGAUCAAUGGGCAUUGUAAAGAUAAUGAUCUCGAAUCUGCACAAAGAAUUUUGGAUGAGAUGAUCGACAAAGGGUGUAAGCCAGAUGUGAUCAGUUUCAAUAUAAUCAUUGGAGGGUUAUGCAAGGAGGGGAAAUGGGAUAAAGCAAUGGACUUGCUUGAAGAUAUGCCAAGACGAGGUUGCCCUCCAGAUGUGGUAUCAUACAGGACACUUUUUGAUGGACUGUGUGAAAUGAUGCAGUUAAAGGAAGCAACUUCCAUACUGGAUGAGAUGAUCUUCAAGGGUUAUGUCCCUCAUUCUGAAAGCAUAAACAAACUCGUCGACAGAUUGUGCCAGGAAUGCAAUAUGGAGCUGUUGUGGAUGGUUAUAAACAGUCUUGGAAGAGGAAAUCGCAUGAAUGUGGAUACAUGGGCUAGAAUUGUUGCUUUUGUUUGCAAGGAGAAGCUAUCAGAAUCCUCCAACUUAAUUGACUCAUUGAUUAGUUAACAAUUUCACAGCGUUAUCAGGGGAUAAUCUUAUGAUAUCCAUGUUUAAAUUCUUGUUUGUCCUAUCCUAUCUACCAGUAUGGACUUCUUGUCCUUGAAACUCAACUUUCAUCUCCUUCUCCUUAGUCUGGGCAUCUCAAAGACGAGAUGUCGUAGAUUUACAACACUUCCAUGAAAUUGAUUUUCAAUGAGCCAGAACAAACUUACUAUCCAUGUUUUGUAUGAACUAGGAGAUAGAGAGUGAUGACCCCUAAGGAUCCUAGUUCUCUCUCCAUGCUAUAUUUGACCGACUAUAGCACCAUGCUCUGAGCAGAUCUUUCUAGUUAGUAAAUGAGAGAGCUUUAUCCCUUAAAAAGACAUCUAUUUUUUGUUAUCAGGAACUCUUCGAUCUAAUCGACAAUAGUCAAAAGUAUCUGCGAUGGCUGUAUUUGUUAAGGGAGUAUUUGGGUCACUUAAUUGAGUUAUGAAGUCUGGAGUUAAUAUGAUGGAAUUAGGAAGUUUAUAUUUGGGAUGAAAUUCCUCAAUAAAUAUGCAAUUUUUAAUAGUGUUUACUAUUGAACUUGAGUUAUUUAACACCAACUUAUGAAGUUGGCAGACUA